AGUUGGAGGGGAAAAUUAGCUGGACUCCGCGGAAAUCAUCAACAGGACUAUUUUCCUUUUCUUAGCUAGCUAUUCAUUUGUCAACUUCUAUUUACCCUACUUCUGUCCCUUCAUUUUUGCUGUCAAAACGCCACAGUGGCGAUGUCGGAGUCAUACGAUUUCCUGUUUAAAUUCCUGGUGAUUGGGAACGCUGGAACAGGCAAAUCCUGUCUGCUGCACCAGUUCAUAGAGAAGAGAUUCAAGGAUGAAUCUAACCACACUAUUGGUGUGGAGUUUGGCUCUAAGAUCAUCAACGUGGUCAACAAAAUGGUCAAGCUGCAGAUUUGGGACACUGCAGGACAAGAACGUUUCAGGUCUGUGACCAGGAGUUACUACAGAGGAGCAGCAGGAGCCCUGCUGGUCUAUGAUAUCACCAGUCGAGAGACUUACAACGCUCUGACCACGUGGUUGAGCGAUGCCAGGAUGCUGGCCAGUCAGAACAUCGUCAUCAUCCUGUGUGGAAACAAGAAGGACCUGGACGCUGACAGAGAGGUGACGUUCCUGGAGGCUUCGCGCUUCGCUCAGGAGAACGAGCUGAUGUUCCUGGAGACCAGCGCUCUGACUGGGGAGAACGUUGAAGAGGCCUUUGUUCAGUGCGCUCGGAAAAUCCUCAACAAGAUAGAGUCAGGUGAGCUGGAUCCAGAGAGGAUGGGUUCAGGGAUCCAGUAUGGGGACGCUGCGUUACGUCAGCUUCGUUCUCCCCGUCGUGCUCAGCCGCAGGGCACCCAGGAGUGCGGCUGCUAGUGGACGUACGCGCCCACUAACACACACACACAGACAAGUGUGUUUCAGACAGGCUUGUGAAAACCAGAAGAAGAACAGCCACGGGGGACCCAAACAACCUUGGGUUCAGGUUGCUAUGCUGGUGACUCCUCUCUGACCUUUGACCUUCGCACGGAACCUUCGGAACCUUUUGAACCUUCGUUGUAAUGGCAGCACCUGCAGAGAGCUAAAAAAGACUUCCCAGCCACGACCCCCCCCACUCUCAGAACGUUGGGCAUCUUCAAGGUAACCAGAGACCCACCUACUUUCUGCUCCAUGAUUGGACCAAAACCACCCCAGCCCUCCAAUCAGGGUGGGAAUUAUUGACGUGUAACUUCUCUCCAUCUCUCUCUCUCUUACUUUUCUACUUGCCUUUACCUGCUUACUACAGAAGCGCAUUGCAUUCACCAAAGAAAAAAAAAAUCAGACACCUUAUCUCGUAAUUUAUUUUCUUUGGGGAAUGCAAUGCGCUUCCGCAGCUUCCUGCCCAACUUAGUACAUUUUCAUUUUGUCACUCAUCCCCGUCUACCUUCCAGCUACACGACUUAAAGUAACACUCUACAUUUUGGGUAACUUGCUGUCUUGCCUUUUUGUGUUCAAAUUAAAACAGGAUAAGGCAUGUUAAUCAGUUGGCUUCAAAGUGUUGGUAGGUGGAUUAUUUUAUUGAGUAGCGAGCCAGGUUAGCCUUUUCCUCCUUCUUUCAGUCUUUAAGCUAAGCUAAGCUAAUUGCCUCCUGGCCUCAGCUUGAUACUUUGCGCAUAGACAUGAGGUAUUUAUUUUCUCAUCUAACUCUUGGCAAGAAAACAAUUUUCUCAAAUUUUUGAAUUAUCCCUUAUACCACAUACAUAUUUUAAAACGCUCCUAUCCUCGUUGUUUUAAACACACCACUAACAGUCUACUGACUACACAUUUUGCACUCCCUGUAUGCAUAUUUCACUCCCUUCUCACAAACUUUCUCCCAGUAAAGUGCCCCCAGCUGGCAAAUUUACGCUUUGUCCUCUACCACCCUCCAUCCCUACAUUUCUUUCAUCGUUUACAUCCCAUCACUCCGUCUGUUACCUUAUUACACAUCUGCUUACCUGUCUACCUGCCCAUCUCUUUACAUAGCUCUCUGCCUUUCUAAAUCUCUCCUGCAUCUUAUACACUGUACAGUGUUUAUGUAUAUAGAGAUUGACGCAUGUUUUCUCAAACUGAAUAUCAGAGUAUUUCAUUAUGAAGAGAUAUUAUGUGUAUAUUAAAAUAGAGAUCAUAUCCAGCAUCCGUUUCUUGCUCCACUGUAUUGUUAUUAUUAUCAUGUUAAGCUUCAAUACACUGGCCACUUGCAAGCAGUAUAGAUGGACAGUACUGUUUGCAGCAAUGCUGUUUAUUUGUAAAUGGGACAAGCUGAUGUGAAUCACAUUACGGACUAACACAUUUAUAUUGGAAAAUGCAGUUUUAUCAUGUCCAAGCUCAUAGAUUAAAAAAAGAGACAGAAGCAGCCUGACAUAUCCCGAGCAUACGUUUGGCCUCCUUUUAUAGUUCAUUUAAAUCGUUUGUGUGUGUGUAAAAGUGUCAUAUUUUAUUUUACAAUGGCACCAUUCAGUUAAGUGACUAAUCUGACGUCUUUAUCCAAAGGAUUCCAGUUCGCGCUCUCUCAUUUAUAAAUGAUGCCUGUUUACAUGAACCUCACUGACUGCUGCCAGCAGAGGGGUGAUACUAACUGAAUGCAUUUCAACUUUUAGCAAUGGUGAGAAACUGUCUGAUGUGUGUUUUUAAUUUUUUUAUUUGUCUCCGAAGACACUUUUAUGUCUCCUGUUUUAAACUUUGAAACAGUUCAGCUGCAUAAAGCUCUUGACAAAAAGACACUUAUUUGAUUUAGGCUUAGAGGCGUGUUAGUUGGUGUAUUCAAGCAUCAUAUCAUGUUGUUAUGUUUUUAUUUUCUACAUUUUUGCCCCUUACAAAUUAUGAAUUUAACUUUUAAAUCAAGCACAUUAGAAAUGUUUCACAUUAAAUCUGGUCUGAUAAUGGCUUUGGCUGAUCCACAUCAGGUUGUUGUCUUGUGUUUAUGUCAAGUUUAUAUUUAUGUGUGUCUGUUUUUCUCUUGUCAUUAUGAAUAUCAUGGAUUUUUAAUUUAUUGUGGAUGAUAAAGGCA